AUGCAGGAUUCCCAGUGUAACAAUGGACCAAGAACCUACAAGUCAUCUCUUAAUUUUCUCGACCGCCUAUUGUUGCCGUUUAUUGUAGUUGUUUUUGGUGUUAUAGUAUUUGUUAGUCCGUUUUGGCUUCAAGUUUCUCACAGAUUUUUCGUAAUAACCAUCCCUAGAGUGAUUACUUACUUGUCAACCCCCAAGGUCUUAUUCCUUCUCACAAAUUUCAUCGUGAUCACCCUCAUCGGAGAAUCAAAGUUUUCUAGAUCAAGAUCUUCUCUUCCAGCUAGUGAACUACGUGAAGAGUGCAUAACUGUGAGGAGCCAUUCUUGUGACUCGUGGUCUUGUGUAUACACGAACAUGAAAAUCGGCUAUCAACGAUUUCCAAAAGCAAAUAUGGAUCGACCUAUACACGAAGAGGGUACAAGACGUAAGCCUAGGCUGAUGCAAAUGGAUUCAUUACACCAGAGGGCUGAUGAUCUGAUCGCUCGUGUGAACAGACGGAGGAGGCUUGAAAUUGAGAUCUUACAUAGCCACAUCGACCAUAGCCGUAUAUCAUAA